AUGUCUGGCGAAACCGGAGCUAUAUCGGUGUCUAUAGGAGUCGCAAUGGUUAUCGCCGGAUUUUUUGCCAUAUCCUUUUACAACUUUAUCUACAUCAAUGUCAAAAUCUUCCUAACCUUCAAGCGGCAUCGGGGUCUCUACUUUUGGUCUCUAAUCGUGGCAUCUUGGGGCAUCCCUGUGCACGCAAUUGGAUUUCUGCUCAAAUUCUUUGAACUCGGAGCACCGAAAAUGAUGGCUCUAAUAUUCAUCAUUGGAGGAUGGUACUGUAUGGUUACGGGCCAGUCGAUGGUGCUGUACUCCCGCUUGCAUCUCGUGGAGCCGGAUGUGAAAAGGGUUCGAUGGAUUCUUAUUAUGAUUAUUAUUAACUGCUUCCUCUUACACGGUGUCAUGACAGUCAUCUUUUUCGGGGCCAAUUCCUCGAAUCCCGAGCCUUUCAUCAAGCCGUUCAAGAUAUACGAGAAGAUUCAGGUCACCGGAUUUGCGCUUCAGGAAUUCAUCAUCUCCGGAUUGUACAUCUACAAGGCUUGGGACAUGCUCAGGCCGGCCCUAGACGAUUGGAGUCAGAGGGCACGCCGGAUCAUGAUCCACCUCAUUAUUGUUAACGUUAUUAUCAUCAUUAUGGACAUCACAUUACUUGGAACAGAAUAUGCGAAUCAAUACGACAUUCAGACCACCUAUAAGGGCGCACUCUACAGUAUCAAGUUGGUCAUGGAAUUUAGUAUUCUUGAACAACUAUGUGCCUAUUUGAAAGGAAGAAGCAAUUCUGGAUUUGACCCAACUUCGAUCAGAUACCAGGGUGGCACCGUCGUCGCAAGAAGCAACUAUUCCACCGCCGUGUUCUCUCCCCAAAGAUUGGGCUCCAGCAACGACAAGCCUGACGAGGCUAUUGAGUUGGAAGAGCAGCAUAGAAGCAAUUUUCGAGGUCCCAGCCAUGAAGAUCGGUAG